CUUCUGGACUCUGGUGAACUGUCUCCUCGUGAAAGUCGAGAGAUUCUUCGUUCUCGAAGGAAUAUUCCGUGCAAGCGAGGAUCGUUUCAAUGUUUUCGAAGAGAUUUUUUGCGACGUCCUCAUCACGAGCACCAAAGCCUAACUUGUAUUGACUGACAGGUGGGAGUUUACUGAUGUAGCUCGAGAGCAGUCGUCCUACGUUGUGUGGGUUGAUCAUAAUGAUGUGACUUUGAUUGUAGAUGGUAGUAAAUGACCGGAGGAAAACUUUGAAGGAAAUCCUGUGAGGUCUAUUCUCACGUCCUUUAUUUCCAAACGUAGCGCACCACCACUUGGUGGAGAAAGAGAAACAAUAACAAUAACUGGAACAACUGAACUCCAACUGAACUGAAUGAAUGAAUGAAUGAAUGAAUGUAACGAGAACGGAGCAGGUAUAUAUAUAUAUAUAUGAGUCAGAGGGAGAGUGAGAACCUACUCGAAGGUUCCAGAUCAUCAAGAGAGAUAUCAUCAUGACGUCAUGUUCAGUAAUAGGAAGAGAAGAGAGAGAUCAUGACGUCAUGUACAGUGAAGGAAGAAAGGGAGAAAAGAUAUGUAUAAGGUGGGAGGAGGGAUAACCUAUGACCUUUAUGACCUUAAAGGUCAUAACGGACCCCUACCUUUUUCUCUCUCUUUGUGUCGUCAGAGAGAGCCAAUAAGGAACGUAAACAAAGCUCUCUCCCUGCACACUAAGCACACCACUACCGAAGAGAAUAAAGUAAUUCAAACAUGUCAUCGUGACAUUAAGAAAAAGAUAGCACCACGUACUCUUUCGUACUGCGUUUCCUUGCCUUUCUGAAAAGUUCUGCCUCUGAGGGAGAGAAAGUGAUAGAACCCUGAAACUUGCAGAAUAUGAAGACAACCUUUAUCCUCACCACCAAAAAAACUUUCAGCCCUCUACGACUUUCCUGGACAGAGUUAUGAUUUUUUUAAUUUUGCCUGUUCUCCGCUGACGUGAGAAAAUGCGUAAAAUGCCCGUAACUCCCCAAGGGAAAAGUCUCCGCCCGAACCCUCUUAGGCCUUUUACCCACUCCACAUGCCCUAUCGAUCCACGCAAGAACGAACGAAAUCGGAGUGCUUCAUCUCCAUAGGUUCUGUUGUUAGCUCCUUGACAUUUGACUCAUAUUUUUCUGCAUCAUCCGGAAAUCGCCGUCGCCGCGGAUUUGUAUAUGUUAAAGUGGAAAUGUGCAGGACUGAGGAUGAAGAAGCGAGGAGGAGGAAGAACUUCUUUACCCACUUCAUCCUCACUUCUCCACCCUCACCCUCACUCGCCGCGAGUUCGUAUAUGUUAAAGUGGAAGUGCUAAAGUGUUAACACUUUAACACUGAAUCCGCGGCGACGGCGAUUUCCGGAUGUUAUGUGUUUUCCUAUAACAUGUAAUACAAGAGUCAAGAUAAGUGAUCGAAAUCAACGGCGAUAAUGAAACUAAUUUCAAUGUCUCAUGACAGAUGAAUUCGUCCAGAUUGAAAGCGAAUCGCUGCCCUCAGUAACAUGAAUAGGUGCUGGAGUCAGCGUUGCAAUCGCAGGGUCUUAUGCUACAACACAAACAAGGUGGAAUUGUGAGCAAACAGUGCCUCUUCGCAGGACGAAAAUGCAGAAAAUUGAGCAAAAAUCUCCGAAAAAUUUCGAGACAAUUUUCUGGCGUUUUUAGGGAAGCUCCAAACUUUUUCUUGUAUUACUACAUAGAUUAGGUCAAGUGCUGUGUAGAAACGAAGGCAAGUUACAUAUACGUGGAGAUUUUUAGCCGUUUAGGACAAAGGGAUUCGGAGAAAUCAAAGUUUUACUCAAAAAGUACCGUUAACUAUCGGUGAACAGGGCUCUCGGGAGGAUUCUCAGGGUGCUGUGAAGCAAGCACCUAGACGUCCAAAAGUAUAGCUACCUAGGUAGAACAAGAUGGGCCACAAGAUGCGCUAGGUUUAGAAGGAAUCUGCAACUAUGAUUGCGCAGCCGUGCCAUAGAUCGCUCGUAUCUCUCGUGCAGUGAGUGACUCUUACAGAGAGAGAGAGAUAAGACACAGAGUCAAAUAUUUUAUCUCAGAAUGUUGACACUGAAGAUAUAGGGUUUAUUUAACACACAACUAAGAAUUAAUUCAAGAUAAACAGCAAACUCCUGAAGGAUGAAUACGCUGAUUCAGACACAAAUACUCUGAUUUCAUCAUACACUACCCCAACAGUUAUUUUCCCAAUAUUCUCCUCAUUAUACACUUUAAUUGAAAGCGUGUUAGUAACUUUUGCACCAUACAUUUAGUAUCACAACACUCAAUCCUGAAACGUGGAUAAUUCAGACCUCCGUGAAACAGAUAAUACUCAACCUUUGCUGCUUCAACACGGUUCAAAGAUCAUUGCAGAAAGAAAUUGCAUAUGGUACCGAGAAAAGGAAACAUCUGAUCAAUCACCUACUAGGACAGAUGACGAAGAUAAACAUUUUCAACAGUCUGAAUUUCAAGAUAUCCACAGUCACGAUGAUUUAACACUGGAAUCUGCCGCUUCCUAUUCUCAAAUUCAAGACAAAUCUAAUAUUUCUGAACUAGAACAAGACUUGGUCAAUGGACUGAACAAGUUAAAGAUUCUGGACGUGAAUGUGUUAUCAGAAAAAAUUCAACGGACUGAAGAACGUAUCGAAGACUGUCGAGAAAAUGACAGAAAAGAAGAGACUGAGAAGGAAACGCAGAUUUUGUCACAGCUGAAACAUAUGACGCUCUUAGAUGAAGAAAUUACCAAAUUGAAAUCUACUCAAUUGGUUGAAGGUAGCAGUAAUGUGAUGGAACUUUCUCGGCUCGAACAUGAGCUAGUCAAUGGACUGGAGUUGUUAAAGAUUCUGGACGAGAAUGUGUUAUCAGAAAAAAUUCAACAGACCAAAGAACGUAUCAAAGACUAUCAAGAAAAUGACAGAAAAGAAGAGACUGAGAAGGAAACCCAGAUUUUGGCGCAGCUGGAACAAUUGACGCUGUUAGAUGAAGAAAUUACGAAAUUGAAAUCUACUCAAUUGGUUGAAGACAGAAAUAAUGUGAUAAAACCUCGUCGGCUCGAACAAGACUUGACUGAAGACAUUAGUGUAUGUGACGCAUCUGGUAUUGAGGAGACAGCGAGUCCAGAAGUAGAUAUUGCGAAUGACGUAGGAGUCAUCGAAGCAUUGAAAGCAAAACUUAAUCGAGCUUUUACUAGUAAAGAUGGAUUGGGGAAAUAA